AUGGUGUUCGCUCCGUCGCACGCGCAUACGGCCGCCGAAUAUUGUGACGCCGUCUCACUCCCGCCCGUGCGCGCCGAUCGGGUGUUCCGCGCCAGCUUACGGUUCUCUCUCUCGCUUGCUGCUGCUACCCCCGUCGCCCGGUCAACAGAUAAAACGGUAGCUGCCACAGCUGCGGCGGCACUGUUCGGGAUAUCUGAUAACGGUGCUGCGCGGCGGUGGCCUUGCCGAAGUGUUGUUGAUACGGUACGGUCGGCGAGUCGCCGGUGGGCGGUCACCUGGGUGCUUGUCACAAAAUAA